AUGAAAUUUAAUUAUAAGUUUCAGAAUUUAUUAGGUACUGUGUACAAGAAAGGUGAUAUUUUAUUUACAAAUGAUGGAAAUAGUGUUAUAAGCCCAGUAGGUAACAAAAUUACCAUUUAUAAUCUCAAACAAAACAAGAGUAACACUUUGUCGGUGGAAAGUAACUUUAAUUAUACAGCAAUCGAUGUGGCGCCCAAUGGAUCAGUUUUGCUUGCUAUUAAUGAAAAGGGUGAAGCUCAGAUGAUCAGUUUACAAACAUGUGCAGUAAUACACAGGUAUAAAUUUAAACAGCAGGUAAACGCUGUCAAGUUUAGUCCUGAUGGGAAAUAUUUUGCAGCAUGCUGCAGUGAUACAGUGUUUAUAAUGACAGCACCCUGUUUUUUCACUGGUCAGUUUCGUUCAUUUGAAAUGAAAAGAGUGUUCAAAAAAGCUCAUGACGAAGUGACUUGUCUAGACUGGACAACAUGUUCGAGAGUGCUAGCCGUCGGAUCUAAAGACACUACAACCAAGAUAUACACUGUUGAUUAUUUAGAUAAUUUUAAUAUGUAUUCUCUCAGUGGCCACACAGAUAAAAUUGUUGGUACAUUUUUUGAGAAAAACAGUUUGGACCUUAUAACUGUUAGCAGGAAUGGUCAAGUUUGCUUAUGGGAAGCCAAUAUUGAUUCCGAAGACUUAGUAGUGUCCCAAAUUCAGAUAUCGCACGCGAAAAGAAGGAAAUUUAUGAAGGAGGAAGAAAGUGAUGAUGAUAUUAAUGAAAAACAUGUGAUAGAGAAGGACAAAGAAGAAGAACCAGAAAGUGAAGAUGAAGCGAAGGUGGUGAAAGCUGAAGAUGAUAAACGUCUCCAUUACAAGAAAUUGGGCCGGCAUUACAUAGGCGAUGCAAUCAGGAAAGCAGACCAUAAAGUAAGGUUGACUGCCGCUCAGUACCAUAAACAAACCAAAAUGCUGGUCACUGGUUUCUCUAACGGCACGUUCUUCCUGCACGAGUUGCCGGACGUGACGUUGGUGCACGCGCUGAGCGUGUCCGCGCACCGCAUCGGCAGCGCCGCGCUCUCGCCGCAGGGGGACUGGCUCGCGCUCGCCUGCCCGCACGUCGGCCAGCUGCUAGUCUGGGAGUGGCAAAGUGAACAGUAUGUGAUGAAACAGCAGGGUCACUCGCUGGACAUGACCUGCGCUUCCUACUCGCCGGACGGGUUGUACAUAGUGACCGGCGGUUACGACGGUAAAGUGAAGGUGUGGAACUCGACCAGCGGGUUCUGUUUCGUCACGUUCAGUGAACACAAGUCGACAGUGACCGGGAUCACAUUCAGUGCCAACAAGAAGUUCUUCGUGUCGUCGUCUUUGGAUGGGACGGUGCGGUGUUACGAUCUCACGAGGUACCGCAACUUCCGCACGCUGACGUCCCCGAGCCUGGUGCAGUUCAGCUGCGUGGCGCUGGACGGCGGCAGCGAGCUGUGCGCCGCGGGGGGGCAGGACGUGUUCGACGUAUACCUCUGGUCCGUCAAGUUCGGGAAACUGUUGGAGGUGUUAAGUGGUCACGAAGCCCCCGUGUCAUGUUUAGCUUUCAAUCCGUCCCUCGCCAGUUCCAUGUUGGCGUCAGCGAGUUGGGACAAAACAGUGAGGCUAUGGAACGCCAUAGAAACUAGCACAGAUAGCGAGACCAUACCGCUUACUUCUGAUGCUCUGCAAGUGGCUUUCAGACCCGACGGUGGAGAGAUAGCCGUGUCUACGUUGGACGGGAAUAUACUGUUCUUCGAUCCGUUGAGCAGUGACCAGACCGGCAGUAUAGAAGGACGGAACGACCUCGGCUCCGGACGCGCCGAUACAGAUCUCGUUACUGCCAAACAGUUCCUCAAAACAAAAGCGUUCACAACAAUAUGCUAUACGGCGGACGGAUCUUGUAUAUUGGGAGGUGGCAACUCGAAGCAUGUCUGUUUGUAUAGUAUUAGAGAAUCGAUAUUGGUAAAGAAAUUCGUCAUCACACAGAAUCAAUCUCUCGAUGCGGUUAAUGACUUCAUAAACCGCCGUUUGCUGUCCGAGUUCGGCAACAUGGCGUUGGUGGAGCAGCGGACGGAGCUGGAGGGGGAUGACGUCAGCGUGAGGCUGCCCGGCGUCAGGCGCGGGGACAUGGCCGACAGGAACGUGAAGCCCGAGGUGCGCGUCCACUGCGUGCGCUUCUCCCCGACGGGCGACAGUUUCGUGGUGGCGGCCACCGAGGGGUUGCUCGUGUACAGCCAGAACGCCGGCAUCGAUGGAACGUUCCGGCCGUAUCGUUUAGAGUCUGGUUGUACUCCGGUCGCUGUGAGGGACUCCCUCAAACGAAGGUCGUGGGGCGACGCCCUCGUGGGAAGUUUACAACUCAACGAACUAAAUCUCAUACAGGAAUGUGUCGAAGCGGUGCCGCCUACUGAUGUUGAACUAACAGUGUUGAGUCUCGACAACGACUACGCUGAUAGACUCCUCAAUUCAAUAGCGCGUUUAUUAGAGGACAGUCGACAUCUGGAACAUUUAAUAUUGUGGGUGAAACAUUUGGUCACGGGCAAUAAUAGAAAGUUUGCACCGAGCGUACUUCUGGCUCUAGAGAAAGUGCUGACUGUGAAGUACUCGCAGCUGAGUAAGAUAUGCGACUUUAAUAAGUACACAAUAAGGUGUAUAAAAACAGUCGCUGAGACGGCGCCGAAGCGGGAAGACGACGAGGAUAUGGAUGUGAGCGAUCAUUCUAGUGGGCGCGGCACAUUCUCUGAUACAGAUUAA